GAGAGAGAGAGAGAGAGAGAGAGAUUAACAGUGCAGCCGACACAGAAUCAGGCCUGGCGUAUUUCUCUCAUACGCGACAGUAGCAGCAGGAGCAAGAGCACUGAAGACGGAGCAAUACUUCCUUCGCCAGCGGGUGUGUGAAGGAGCAUGUGUGUGUGACUGUACCUGUCAGCUUUAGACAGGUCGCUUGAUACCUUCCACCGCUCUGUCACGCUGUCUCUCCUCCUCCCUCUCAUCUCAACCACAGGACAUUACCACAGGAGCCAGUUUCCCGUUCAUUCAUUUGUUUACAUUCGGGAAAACCCCGGAUAAACGGAUUUCUAGCGUAUUCUGAGCUGACGCGGACAAGAUGCUUCUGCAUUUGGGAGCGCUGAGGGGGGGCCUGGGCGUCCUCGCUAUCAGACGCGCGUGUUUGUUUUCUCGGUCUGCUCAUACUCAGCCUCAAAGUGUGGAGUAUCGUCCAAUCAAGAAAGUCCUGGUGGCCAACAGAGGUGAGAUAGCCAUCCGUGUGUUCCGUGCGUGUACGGAGCUGGGGAUCCGGACGGUGGCGGUGUACUCAGAGCAGGACACGGGGCAGAUGCACAGACAGAAGGCAGAUGAGGCCUAUCUGAUCGGGAAGGGCCUGGCGCCGGUGGCCGCCUACCUCCACAUCCCUGACAUCAUCAAAGUGGCCAAGGAGAAUAACGUUGAUGCCAUCCACCCUGGUUAUGGCUUUCUCUCCGAGCGGUCGGACUUUGCACAGGCCUGCAUGGACGCUGGGGUGCGUUUCAUCGGCCCUUCCCCGGAGGUGGUGAGGAAGAUGGGCGAUAAAGUAGAAGCACGUGCCCUGGCCAUCCAGGCUGGUGUCCCCGUUGUGCCUGGUACAGAUGCUCCCAUCUCUUCUCUACAGGAGGCGCAAGAGUUUGCCAAAACCUACGGUUUCCCCAUCAUCUUCAAAGCCGCCUACGGUGGAGGAGGUCGUGGUAUGAGGGUGGUUAGACAGUAUGAGGAACUGGAGGAGAACUAUCAGAGGGCCUACUCCGAGGCCCUCGCCGCCUUUGGAAACGGAGCUUUGUUUGUCGAGAAGUUCAUCGAAAAACCCAGACAUAUCGAAGUACAGAUUCUAGGUGAUAAGUAUGGUAAUGUAAUCCACUUAUAUGAGAGAGACUGCUCAAUCCAGAGGAGACAUCAAAAGGUGGUGGAGAUUGCACCAGCCGCCCAGCUCGAUCCGCACCUGCGUGACCGUCUGACCGCCGACUCAGUUAACCUGGCCAAGACGGUGGGCUAUGAGAACGCUGGCACAGUGGAAUUCCUGGUUGAUAAACAUGGGAAACACUACUUCAUAGAAGUCAACUCCCGCCUUCAGGUGGAGCACACCGUUACCGAGGAGAUAACCGACGUUGACCUGGUCCAUGCCCAGCUGCACGUGUGCGAGGGACGCAGUUUACCAGAGCUUGGUCUGAAACAAGACAAGAUUCGAAUCAACGGCUGCGCCAUCCAAUGUCGCGUCACCACCGAGGACCCCGCCCGCGGCUUCCAGCCGGACACGGGCCGUCUGGAGGUGUUUCGGAGUGGAGAGGGAAUGGGCAUCCGAUUGGACAGCGCUUCGGCGUUCCAGGGCGCGGUCAUCUCCCCCCAUUAUGACUCUCUCUUGGUUAAAGUCAUAGCCAGUGGAAAAGACCUGCCCACUGCCGCCACCAAGAUGCAUCGCGCCCUUGCAGAGUUCCGUGUCCGAGGGGUCAAGACGAACAUUCCUUUCCUGCAGAAUGUGUUGAGUAAUGAUCAGUUUCUACAUGCCACAGUGGACACACAGUUUAUUGAUGAGAACCAAGACCUGUUCAACCUCAAACCAGUCCAGAACCGAGCCCAAAAACUACUACACUACCUGGGUCACGUCAUGGUAAACGGACCUACGACUCCGAUCCCAGUGAAAGCAAAACCCUCCCCAGUGGACCCAGUUGUUCCCCAGGUUCCUUUGGGUGAACCUCCGGCCGGGUUUCGGGAGGUCCUGUUGAGAGACGGGCCGGAAGGUUUUGCCCGGGCUGUGAGAGAACACAAGGGUCUGCUUUUGAUGGACACCACCUUCCGAGACGCCCACCAGUCUCUACUGGCCACGCGCGUCCGCACCCACGACCUGAAAAAAAUCGCCCCCUUCGUCGCCCACAACUUCAACAACCUCUUCAGCCUGGAGAACUGGGGGGGAGCUACGUUUGACGUGGCCAUGCGUUUUCUGUCUGAGUGCCCGUGGAGGAGACUGCAGGAACUGAGAGCUCUGGUUCCUAACGUACCUUUCCAAAUGCUGCUGAGAGGAGCCAACGCUGUGGGCUACACCAACUAUCCUGACAACGCUGUCUUUAAGUUCUGCGAGGUGGCAAAAGAGAAUGGAAUGGACAUUUUCAGGGUGUUUGACUCGUUGAAUUAUCUUCCCAACAUGGUGUUGGGUAUGGAGGCAGCGGGGGCGGCCGGGGGCGUGGUGGAGGCGGCCAUUUCCUACACCGGUGACGUGUCUGAUCCAAUGAGACAAAAGUAUUCCCUGGAAUAUUACCUCCAGUUGGCUGAGGAACUUGUUAAAGCAGGCACACACAUACUGGCCAUUAAGGACAUGGCUGGGUUACUGAAACCAGAAGCAAGCCGUUUGCUGAUUGGUGCAUUGCGGGACCGCUUCCCGGAGAUGCCUAUCCACGUUCACACUCACGACACGGCGGGAGCGGGCGUGGCCGCUAUGCUGGCGUGCGCCGAGGCGGGCGCUGACAUCGUAGACGUGGCGGUGGAUUCCAUGGCCGGCAUGACCUCUCAACCCAGUAUGGGCGCCAUUGUGGCCUGUACCAAGGGCACCAAACACAACACUGGUAUUUCUCUCGAGAAGGUCUUUGACUACAGCGAAUACUGGGAGGUGACUAGAGGCCUGUACGCUCCGUUUGACUGCACCGCCACGAUGAAAUCGGGAAACGCUGAUGUGUACGAGAACGAGAUUCCCGGGGGGCAGUACACCAACUUACACUUUCAGGCCCACAGCAUGGGUUUGGGUAACAAGUUUAAGGAGGUGAAGAAAGCUUACACUGAGGCCAACAAACUCCUGGGAGACCUCAUUAAGGUGACUCCCUCGUCUAAGAUUGUGGGGGAUCUAGCUCAGUUUAUGGUGCAGAACUCUCUGUCGCGGGCGGAGGUGGAGGAACGGGCGGAUGAGCUGUCCUUCCCUCUCUCGGUGGUGGAGUUCCUCCAGGGUCACAUCGGCAUACCGCACGGCGGCUUUCCAGAACCCUUCAGGUCAAAGGUGCUGAAGUCACUGCCUCGCGUCGAAGGUCGUCCUGGUGCCUCCCUACCCCCCAUGGACUUCAAAGCCCUCGAGAAGGAGCUUCGAGCGGCACACGGCGAUGACAUCACACCAGAGGAUGUGAUGUCGGUGGCCAUGUACCCAAAAGUAUUCCAGGAGUUCAAGGAGUUCACAUCUACCUUUGGGCCCGUUGACUGCCUUAACACUCGUCUGUUCCUGGACGGGCCCAAAAUCGCUGAGGAGUUUGAGGUUGAGCUGGAGCGGGGGAAGACGCUGCACAUAAAAGCUUUGGCUUUGGGUGAUUUGAACAAAGCGGGACAGAGAGAGGUGUUUUUUGAGCUCAACGGUCAGCUGCGUUCAGUCCUGGUCAAGGACACAGUGGCCAUGAAGGAAAUGCACUUCCAUCCCAAAGCCCUGAAGGAUGUGAAGGGACAGGUGGGGGCACCCAUGCCGGGGAAGGUAGUGGAGGUCAAGGUCAAGCAGGGACAGAAGGUGGAGAAGGGUCAGCCGCUGUGCGUCCUCACCGCCAUGAAGAUGGAGACGGUGGUGAACUCUCCAAUGACUGGCACUGUUGCCAAGGUCUACGUCACCUCCGACAGCAGCCUGGAGGGCGACGACCUCAUCUUGGAGAUCACCGAGUAAAGACAAGCGGGGGGGGGGGGAUUACUGGAGGAGCGUUAAUGGUUAAAAGGUUAAACUGGAGCAGGGGUACUUCACAUUUCAAGGUGAUCUAUUGCAAAUUAGAUGUAAACUAAAGAUAACUGGACUGGUUAAAUCAUCUCCAAUGUAUAUUAUAAAAACUCUGGUUGCAAAUAUAUGUUUACCAGAUAGGGACUUUAUCAGUAUAUACACUGCUGUGAUUCUGUGAAGAUUCAGUUCCAUCCUUGCUUGAAAUUCACUCCUUGGUAUUUUCAGUACAGCUAUAACACAAUGAGGAAUCAGUGAGGGCUUCAGCUCUAGUAUGUUUAUAUCUAUGUCCAUAAGCUUUGAGAAAGGAAGUGAUAGAGUUAUAUUUUCCAGAUAAAUGAUUCUAGUUUUGAAACAAAUGAAUUAUUAAUGCAUUAACAAAUGGAGCUGCAAUUAGCUGGACUAUUGUGGAGUCUUGCCGACAUUUCACAGUGAAAUUCUAUCCUGUACUUUAUGUGAGUGACGCUGAGCUGUGUGUGUGUGUGUGUGUGAGCAUGUGUGGGUGGGUGGGUGUGUGCGUGUGCGUGUAGUUGACUUUACACGGUGAAAAGUUUCAGAAGGAGCAGCCGUUUCAUUUUAAUGUUGUCUUACUGGAGCGUAAAAUCCAUUUUAGAGGUCUGAAAUAUUAAUGUUAAAGUCUGUAGCAAACACAGGCCCACAUUAAAGUGUAGAGAUAGAGCCGUCGUCAUGGCAACGUUGUCUCUCGCCGCUUAAGCAAAGCAAUAAAGUCAUGUUAUUAUGAUUAUGUUAGAUAUUUAAAUUGUUGGGUUGUGUAAAUGUUUAUUUCCGUGUAGUCAUUUGGUAAUUGAAAAUCAUUGGAAUGUUUUUGAGACAUUUGCUUUGACACAGUCCCCUGAAAGAAUGUGUUCUUAGCAGAUGGUUCAGUAAAACAGAGAGCAUUAAUGCACAGUCGAAGCUCCGUACCCUCCUCCUUUAUCCAUAUUUAACCUCCCUCUAUCGUUCCAUCCUUCCUUCUCCCUCCGUUCGUCUCAUCUUUUUGUUAAGUUCAUACAGUCAGUGAGGCGAUGGUUCAGAAUUUGCGGCGUGUAGAGCCAGAGAUGCGUUAACCGAUAAGUUUUUCUUUCUUUUUUGUGAUAUGUUCCAGAAUCUUCCACCUCUGAAGAUGAGAGCAAAGUAUUUUUACUCCACGUGAUAUCACCCAAGUAAUUUUAGGCUACAAACAACUGUCAGUGAGUGGUCCAGCAUUGCUAGCUUUUGUGACUCACUGACUUCCUAUAGCGCUUGUGCGCUACUUGAAACUUUAGGUGAAAAAUAACGUUUGUCAAAUGUCAUUACCAGAUAAACACAUAGUAUUUGUUAUGAAUAGUGCGGAAAAGAUAGGAGUUAUGUUACGUUAAUGGCUAUGACUUUUGUUUUAUCUUUCACUAUAGAGCAAAGACGUUAUUAGCAUUUUUAUCGAUUUUAAAGUAACUCUCCAAAACGAUGCCGUGUCAGUUUCUGAGAGAAUUUACUGGUCUUCGUGAUGAGGUUCUUGCUUUAGCCCCCAAAAAAGAAAGCCUAAACCAAAAUUAGGGUUUCUGCUUGUAAAAAAAAAUGUGCAUCUAAAACUUGUAAACUUGAUUAAAAAGCCUGUGCUUCCCUCUCCACAAUGACUGCGGCGGCUGAUAGUCUAGGGAUAGCCGGUGGCCGGGAACGGCCGUAUAAAGUAAGUCUCUUAAAUUGAAUAGUUGCAGAAAAAAGAACUGCUUCGGAUGAGCACCGGGCCUGAGAUUCAAUCUUUUUCUACCGACCGGCUUAUCUCUGACUUAGCAGACUGAGAAAAGCCCCUCUCAAUUGGGCCAGUUUCACUGAAUAGAUUUUUCAUUAAAUCAUGCUAGCUAAAUUUGAGGCUCCUGUGAAAUGAGCUUAUUCUCAUCACUCUAUGUGUGUGUGUGUGUGUGUGUGUAUGUAUGUGUGUGUGUAUAUAUGUGCGUCAGAAACACAAUGAACCCCGCCCGUCACCCAUACGUUCAAUGGAUAUAGAAUAUAGAUAUUUGUCCCGUUACCACGGUUACCAUAGAUUUAUAAAGGACAGGCUCGUCGUGAGGCAGCGGAGUUAAACAUAGAAACUAUUCUUUUUUAAAUGAAUAAAGUGGAAAAGGAAGAGAGAACACCCUCUUCAAUUUCUUAUUGUAUGUGUGAGUGCGGUGAACAGAGGAAACGACAGUUGUCGAAUUGUUCUAGAACAAUAUCCCGUUUAGUUCAAGAGCCCAUUCAGUCUAGGGCAUAUAGAUGUAGCUGUUAAAACCAGCACACUGUAUAAGCAGAGGACUUCAGUUAGAGUGGAUUUGACCAAUUGCACAACCCAUUUUUUGUUCUUCUUAAAGCCCAGUUUAUGUGUUUGACACGAGUUGUUGAAAUAGAUUUUGAAAGGGCAUUUUUACACAUCAAUUCGAUAACAUUCCUGUAAUUAUUGAACACUAACUAGAUAGAAUUAAAGAAUGGUGCCUGUAGGAGAGACAAAAAAAGAAUACUAAAAUAUGCAUGGAGACUGACGUUAAAGUCAUAUUUAAAUGGCAUUUCUCAUCAAAUCAUGUCAUGCAUUAUUAAUCAUAUGGAAUGUGACAGAGAGGGCUUUGUAAUUGUCAUCACUAAUAAGAAUUUAAUCAAAGUUUAUCUCUCAGUACAAAUCUUUAAUGUUUUGCCUCUCUUGUGAGAAUGAAUGAUUUGUCCUUAUUUUCCUUUUUUCUCCUUCUUUCAAGUUUUCACUGUUUCCUUUUUAUUUGUUCAUGUAUUGUUCAGAAAUAAAUGGUUGAAAACA